CAAAAUAGAAUACAAAAGAAAACAAAAGCGAGAUCGUCAAUAUUAUUCUUCUUCUCCAAGAAAUCCAAGAGCCCCAACUUCACGGCUCUCUCUCUCCCAGAUCAUCGCAGUUCAUCAGGUUUCGCGUUUGGGGCUUCUGGUUUUUCUCCUAUUUGGUUCAAUUAAGUUUUUGAAGUUGUGCAUAUUAAUGGCUAUGAUGUUACAUGGUGACAAAGAUCCAUUAAAACUACGGAUGGUUAAUUAUUAUAAUCAAUGUUGGGGACCUUGUGGUCUCAUUGUUUAAUUUUUAAGCUCAAGAUUCACUAGUGUGAAAUUUUUGUCAUGGGCGAUGACGGUUCCAAUGAAUAAUUCCUUGGAUCUUUCAUCUAGGGAGCGCGUUCAAAGUCUUUUCCACAAGAAUGUUGAGUUGGAGAAUAGCUGCAAAAAGGCUGCACAGGCCAGGAUUCCCUCUGAUCCUAAUGCCUGGCAACAAAUUCGUGAAAACUAUGAAGCCAUUAUCCUUGAAGAUCAUGUCUUUGCUGAACAACAUGAAGUAGAAUAUGCUUUGUGGCAGUUGCAUUACCGGCGAAUUGAGGAGCUUCGAGCACACCUCAAUGCUGCUCUUGCUUCAUCUCAUUCACCCUUGCCUCAGGAUGUGGAAGUAUCUAGUCGACCUGAACGAGUUACUAAAAUUCGUUCACAAUUUAAAGCCUUUCUUUCUGAAGCAACUGGCUUUUAUCAUGAUCUGAUGUUGAAAAUUAGAACCAAGUAUGGUCUACCUCUUGGUUUAUUCUUUGAUGGUCCUGAGAGUCAGAAUGUUGUGUCUAGAGAUGGGAAUAAAUCCAUCGAGAUGAAGAAAUGCAUGAUUUCCUGCCAUCAUUGUCUGAUUUACCUGGGUGACCUUUCGCGUUAUAAAGGUUUAUAUGGGGAAGGUGAGUCUAAAACCAGAGAUUUUGCUGCAGCAUCAAGUUAUUAUAUGGAAGCCUUUUCCCUUUGUCCUUCAAGUGGGAAUCCUCAUCAUCAGCUUGCAAUACUGGCUUCCUAUUCAGGGGACGAAUUGGUGGCAGUAUACCGCUACUUUAGGAGUUUGGCAGUUGAUAACCCUUUUUCAACGGCAAGGGACAACUUAAUUAUUGCAUUUGAGAAGAAUCGCCAGAGUUUCUCACAGGUUCUUGAGAGUGCAGAAGCUUCAUCAGCUAAGAAUGCACUGGCAAGAAUGAAUAGAAGAGGAAGAGGAAGAGGUGUGGCGACUUCAGUGAAAGAUGAUAAAAUGGGAGCAAGUCCUGUCAAGGAAAAUCCAUCUAGUACGCAUGAAAUUCUUAAAUCCUUCAGCACUUGUUUUAUUCGACUAAAUGGGAUUCUGUUUACUCGCACAAGCUUGGAGAUGUUCGUAGAGGUUUUGUCUGUGGUGAGAGGAGAUCUGUUUAAACUUCUCUCAUCUGGGACUGAAGAAAAGUAUAAUUUUGGUUCUAGGCCUUCAGAUAAUGGUCUUAUGAUUGUUAGGCUUGUAGCCAUUCUUAUUUUCACAGUUUACAAUGCGAUUCGGGAAACUGAGUAUCAGUCAUAUGCUGCGAACUUACAAUGCUCAGUUCUGCGUCAAAAUGCCUGUACUGCCAUUUUUGAGGUUAUGGGGAUCAUUGUUGAGAGAUGCAUACAAUUACAGGAUCCUUUAACAAGCUUUCUUUUGCCUGGUGUGCUGAUUUUUAUGGAGUGGUUGGCUUGCCAACCAGAUAUUGCAGCCGGCAGUGAAGUUGAGGAAAAUCAGGCCACUGCUAGAUCAUUCUUCUGGAAGAGUUGUGUCUCUCUUUUGAAUAAGCUUCUGACAAGUGGGCUCAUGUCAAUUAAUGAGGAUAAGGAUGAGACUUGUUUUUCCAACAUGAGCACCUAUAAUGAAGGUGAAACCGCAAAUCGGCUUGCACUAUGGGAGGACUUUGAAUUGAGAGGAUUUGUGCCUCUUGUUCCAGCACAACUAAUUCUUGACUUUUCAAGGAAGCAGUCUUCUGAAAAUGAUGGUGGAGAUAGGGAGAUAAGAGCUCGACUUCAGAGGAUUGUAGCGGCUGGGAAGUCACUUGCCAGUGUGGUUCAGGUUGGUAAGCAGGGCAUGUAUUUUGAUUCAAGAGUAAAGAGAUUUGCAAUUGGCAUUGAGCCGCAAUCUGGAAAGGAGUCUGAUUUUGAGCUUUCUAGUUCUAAUGAAAUGUCCGCAUGUGAUGGGGUGAUGAAGAUUGAACAUAUUGGUGAGCAGAAAUUGAGUCCAGAAGAUUCACAGCUGAAUUCACAGUUAUAUACAGAAAUGGAAGAGGAAGACGAGGUCAUUGUUUUUAAGCCUUAUAUGACAGAUAAGCGUGUUGAUUUUGAUGGCUCCAAGCUGUCUUCUGCUGAGGUCUUUGGGCAUGGUGGUGGUAUUUCUUCGCAGGAAGAUUUGGGAAGCUGUGUUGCAUUGGUGUCAGCCUCACAAGAUGGUUUUGAAGUGCUGAAUGAUUUAAGCUCAAAGGCACCCAUAUCUACUGUGACCAUUCCCCAGCGUGUGCCAUCACUGAAUAGUUUCCACACAAGGUCCUCUAUAUCUCUUGCUGCUGCUCAGGAUGUUCCAUUGCUAAAUACUAUUGAUACAAGCUCGAGGCCUCCAGCGUCUCUCGCUAACCUCUCCCAGCAUGUGCAGCCAAUCCAACCAAGUGCUUCGAAGUGGCUGCUGGAAUCUGAAAAUUCUAUUGCCAAUGGGUUUAGUGAGUUGAAUUUAACGGAGAAUGGGCUUGUUACAAAACCUCGAUUGCAAAAAAGCUUUGGAUGUUUGCAGCCUGCAACAUUCCCAUUCCCGUGUCCACACGCUGUGAAUCACAGUUCUGGAAAGGUGCAUCCCAUUCAGGUUUCUGAUACUGUUAUACCUUCUAAAUUAGAUUCAGUCAUGCCUCUUGGAGCCAACUUUAAUAGUCUUACGUCUUCGGCUUUGCCAGCAAGUAAAACAAAAUACCCAGUUAGCCGACCAACACGACAUGUUGGUCCUCCACCUGGAUUUGUUCCCCCAAAAUUUGCAGAUGAGUCCUUCUUUGACAUUGGUUUGAAUGAUAAUUUAACAGUGGAUGAUUAUAGUUGGCUAGAUGGAUAUGAGCUCCCAUCAUCCACAAAAGGCAGUGGGUAUACCAAUUCCAGCAGUCUUUCGGCUCAAUCCUACCAUCAUGUGCCUGUGGGCAGUAGUCCGACUGGGGUGGUAACAAGCUUCCCAUUUCCUGGAAAACAGUUUCCAUCUUUGCAAGCUCAAUCAGAAAAUCAUAUAAGUGUUCAGGACUAUCAGGUUCUUGAUCAUCUGAAACUUUACCAGGAGCAACAGAUGCAACAGCAGUUACUUAAGAAAGUAAAUCACCAAUCUGGUCAUCUGCCAGAGCAGUAUUGGGGACAGCUUCCUCGGGAAGGUCAUUUCUUUGUGUGAGAUCACCAUGGCGGAUGAUGAAUCUUCUGCUGUGAACAUCCUGUGGCAUGACACGGCCAAGUCUAGUCUCUGUGUUUGCCUGACAAUGUCAUUUCGUUUUUCCUGGAGCAUGGAUUAUCUCAAUGUGUUGCAGGCACCUGCAUUUGGACAGCUAUUGUGAGCUCUCCGGUCCUGGAGAAUGGUGAUCACUGGUAGAGAAGUUCAAGAUAUUUGAAUGACGAAUCACCUUCUGGGUUGUGAAUGGGGUUGGCAUGUAAUGCGUCUGGAUGGCCAUGGGGGGGGGGGGGGGAGUGAAUGACUAUGCUAGUUUAAUGUGAGGGAAAGAGGUCCGCCUGAGGGAAGCUAUAAUUUCAUUAUCAUAGCUGGAAGAUGAAUAGUUUUUGGGGAUGAGACUGCUUCCUCAGAAUCGGACGUAAGUCAACUUUUCAAGGUUUUGUUUUGGGAUAUUGGGUAAUAAAAGGGGUUUGGUAGUAGGGAUGACACUGGCAAUUCCAGAUAUUACUUGUUCUUGGGUCUUUAUAUUGUUGAUUUCCUGCAAAAGUUUAAUGUGGGAGCUUGAGAUUGGCUCAUAUAUCUUUUCAUUUUAAUUUUGAAACCGUUGGCUCAUUUACUUGGAAGUGUUUGCUUAAUAAGAUGGUUUCAUGGUCAUUCUGAUUGUA